UGGGCACAGGUAGGUGGCACUUCUGGGCACAGGUGGGUGGCACUGGUGGGCACAGGUGGGUGGCACUGCUGGGCACAGGUAGGUGGCACUUCUGGGCACAGGUGUGUGACACUGCAGAGUGGCACAGGUGGGUGCACUGCUGGACACAGGUGGGCGGAGCUAGUGGGCGCACUGCUGGGCGGAACUUGUGGGUGGCACUGCUGGGCACCGAUCAUCAGGGCACUGAUCAUCAGUGCCCUGAUGAUCGGUGCCGAUCCUCGCUCUGACAACUGCCGGUUCUCGGCAGUACUUUCCUCACGAUCUGACAGCUUGAGGAAAGUGCAGCCUAGAACCGGCACUUGC